AUGUCACUUGUGCCGUAUUGGUUGCGUCAUUUGCGAAAUGUUGCAUACAGAGAUCCAGUUGUGAAGCUUUUGGAGGAUCCCUUUGCAGUUUUUGCCAAGGACCCGUUCUUCCGAGACCCUGCUAAAUAUAUAAGGCAAGUAACAGCGCCAUUAGAAAACGAGCAUGGUAUAGAUGGUGUUUAUUCCGACUCGGAGAUCAAAGUUGACGGUAAGAAGGUCGAAGUACACUUGGAUGUGCAGAACUUUACUCCUGAACAGAUACAAGUGAAGACUGUUGGUAAUGAAAUAAUGGUGGAAGGGAAGAAAGAGAUCAAGCGAGAGGAUGGAUGGACCAGAAGUCAUUUUGAGAGACGGUUCCUCUUACCAGAAGGGUUCCCUCCCGAGAGGGUCGAGUGUCACUUGGAUAAAGGAAAGCUAAUGCUAGUAGCAUUCAGAGCUGAGCCUUUACCGGAGAGGAAGAUUCCAAUCCAAGAGAAAUCUGAAUCUGACGGUGACAAGUCU